UCCAUCCAUUAUAAGAACUGCCUUGUCACCUCUGUCCCAUGUUAAUUGAGGAGGCCAAGGUCGAGAGGAGAAACGGCUGAGUGGUGGGACUUUGGGACCAGAGUUAUGCUUACAGUGCACACUGCACAUUUUCUUCGUCUUUAUGCCUCUCCGUCAUGCCGAGACACACUCAGUGUGGGCCAUCCAUCUUCAUACAGAGGGAGGGAGGACAGACCUCCAACUCUUAACACGCUAUGAGAUGUAACGAACAUCACUCAAAAGAAGAACAAUCCCCGUUUGGGUGUUUGGCAGCGUCAUGGAAGUGUGCCGCUCUUUUAGACGAGAUGAGUGAUGACAGUGUCAUAUCACACCUGGGCCGGGACCAGGUGAAGCUAUUUAACAUGCAGGAGGCCUCAGCGUGUGCAUGUGUUGUCCUAGUUUUGUAAGUGAUGGUGUUUUUUUGUUUUUUUUUUGCCUGUGAACAGAAUCAGUCAUAAUUAAGUCCAGUUUAUAUUAGACUAAGAUUAAAAGAAAGGGAUUUAUGCAGAACUUCAACAUGAUGCUUAUGGAGACUGGACUUUAAGAAUGUAUAUGAAGAGUUGACGUCUGUGAAAUUAGCCCCAUCUAGUGGAUGAAAAAAAGAUGACAGUAUGACAGCAGCCAAUAUUUCUACAGCAAGGGUCUUGGGGAAAUAGAAUUUACAGUAAAUCUCACUUUUAUGAUCAGUGUUCCAGUAAGUAUUAACAGUUAAGUACCACCCUCCUCCACAACACAAAAAUGAUUCAUUAUGGCAAAUAUAAGUGUAUUGGGGUCGGUGUUAUCAAAGCUUUUAUAUUGAAACUGCAUGUAUUUCAGGUGACAUGUUGCACACUUGAGGUUUGAUUUUCUGACGGAAAAAUUCUUUAAAACAUUAAAGACCUUAAAAAUGUGUUGCACAUGUGUUCUUGGGUUCAUAAAUCCACCUGACUGGUAAAAUCAAGAUUGGCAGGAUUAACUUCAUGUUUACUUAAGUUAUGAAUAUGAAAUAAAGUAUAAUGAUUAAUGAUGAUUAUAACUCUGGUAAUCUGUUAGUGCCCACAUCAAAGUUCAUGUUAAUGGCUGUGUUUUGCUUCUCUUUGCUUUUUCAGUUUCAAUAGAAAUUAUGAAAUUUUAAGGUGGAAUUUUCACACAGGAAAUAACCAACGAUCUAAUAUGUUUAUCGGGACAAAAUAGUAGGAAAAUGAUACUGAAGUGGAAAAUUCGGCUGUUGGUAGUUGAGGUGCUUUGAGAAAUUUAGUACCGCACUGACAAGUGCAGACAAUGAAGAUGCUUAUACAGUGAUGGUAAAUAAAAUCAAAUCCAGAUUUAUUCUUGUGAUUUAAGAAAGAUCGUGCUGAAUAUUCAUAAGGCAAAAUACUAAUUUAUAUCGUCUCAGUAGUAAAAGUUUUGGAGAAGAAGCACAGUGAUCCAUUCAACCUCGCUUUGAUUCUUCUGUAAGGACAAAUGCUGUCUUAUCUGACACAGUCGCUCAUCUCCCUGCAGUUGCGUAAUUACUAUGGAGUAAACAGAGGGGUGUGUUAAAAUCUGUCCGCAUGCGUACGUGGCUGCAUGUGUGCAUUUAGUCACAUAAAACAAACAAAGGCUAUAGUACCUUGUGCUGCAGGUGAAUCAUGGCGAUCUUUAACCACUUGUUGCUUGUUUCAUCUUUGGUGCCGCUGGUGCUGAGCUACCCUUUCUACCCACCGACAUGCUACACCAAGGUACUGAGCAUGGCACGAGAGCUCACCCAGUGGGCAGCAGAUUUGAAGAGGGACCCUGAAACUAGUCUCUGCAUGGCACACAUGCCAGAUCUCUACCUUGAUGUCCAUAAUGGUUGCGUGAUGUACAAAAUGAGGACCUACAUCUCCUUGGUGGAGGGCCUGCGACAGCGCCGCUGCGCUUACACCAGAGACGUGAGGAAGCUGGGCGUCACGCUGAGACAGCUCCUCAUCAUCAUGUCAGAGAAAUGCCACGGGGACUUGGUGUUCACGAUCUUUGACUGUGCUGCGCUGGAGCGCUAACACAACCGGAUCCUGGAACCACAACAGUCACAAUCUGCUCAGGCUGAGAGGAGAGACAGCAAUACAGUCCUACUGUACAUUCUGCAAGCCCCUGCAAUGGUUGGGACUCAAGGCUGAUGUUAAGUUUGGAUCUAUGGUAACUAUGGUUGUGUAACUAAAAGAAGUGUACUUUCAUCAUCUGUUUUCUGAAGAUAAUGGGUGCUAUUGCCACUGAUUACCACAUCUCUCUGACUGAGGAAACAUUUCAUAUAAUAAACUCUAUUAAAAUGCCUUUUUUUUAAAUUCUCUUUUCAUAUGAUGAUGCUGGUCUCUGAACUCUACUGGAGGGAUACACACUAUUCUUCCAUAAUAUAUUCUCUCAUUUUGUGAAACCUUUUUUUAUUACAAAGGUUUGCUAGUGGCUCCUUACAUUGGAUUUUGGACUUGGUUCAGUGUUGAAUGUCAUUCACAUCUCUCACUCCUUCCUGUAAAGUUGAGAUGUAAUAUAUGUCAAAUAUAGGCUACUGUAAAUAGAAUCAUGGUUAUCACAGUUACUCAACACAUACACUCCGAUAUUGAAAUCCAUCUACCCUAAAAUCCUUGCUCUUCAUCACCCCCGGUAAAUAUAUAUAUAUUUUUAUCAAGCACAACAAUAAACACAAACACAACAAUAUAAUUUAUAGCAUCCAAAUAUUAUAAGACACAAUAAACCUGAUAUACUGUAUAUCAUCCUCAUAUGAUAAAAUAUUUUAUUGUUCUAAUUUCUCCACCGAUAAUAUAAUCUAUAGGUCUAAUUUCAGGUUAGUGAGUUCACUCCCCUGAUUCAAGCAAAACACUGAAUAUAUACAGCAGAUGAAGCCAAGUUAAUGCUGGCAGACAUUUCAUCAUCGUACUGCAGGGAAUUCAGCGGUGUUACUAACAGCAUUAACAAUGGUCACCCUGAAACAGAAGCAGCUAAAUGGAAUUAAACCACCAUUCGUUUUAUCGUUUAAGCCUCUGCUUUUUCUACUGUCACAUGUCAAAAACAUCUCCUGUGAAAAAGGCCUAUUUGUUAGGACAUUUCUGUUUUUAUUUUUUAUUUUUAAAUCAUCAGCCCCCGUCUUUUAUUGUUGUGUGAAUGGAUCGAAUUUACUAAAAACGAAGAGAAAGUGCUUCAAAUGAACAUGGCAGAGCUUCCAAACCGAGUUGGACAUUUGCAUAGUCAUAUGAACUGUACAAAAUAAAAACAUAUAUACAGACAGUGAUGAUAGGUCAUUACUGGGAUGGGAUUAUGGGCUUGUAUGGACUUGUAUGAGCUUGUUUCUUUACUGUUGACUAAUUGUCCAUUUGGGGAUUUACAGUCUCUCUUCCUCAAUGUAU